CCCAAUUUCUUCACCAACCGUCACGCACCGCAUCGGCCCGGGGCGCUCGCCAUGGUUGAUCGACCGGCCUUGUGAGCCGUGUCGUUUGUGGUCGUCGAUCCCGCAGAGGCAACGCGCCUUGACGCGUCGUUGACAUCAUCGCCAUGGCGCUGGUCGACUACUCGUCGUCGACGUCAUCCUCCGAUGCGGAACAGGAACGGGAUCAGGAGCCCCCGGCCAAACGGCGCAAGAAUGGCUCCGCGGCGUCCAGCACGGCUGUGGAGGCCGCGAUGCCGCCGUUGCCGGCAGCGUUCCACGACCUGUAUGCGUCGACGGUCCGGCAGAGCGUCGUGGACGACCCGAGCCUGCACCAGGGCCGCAAGAGGCAGAACCCUCACGUCCCCGGCAACUGGCCCACCCACGUCUACGUCGAAUGGCACCCCGGUCCGGACCAGCACGAGCUGCUGGAGGAGCUCGUCGGCAGGGUCGAGGACAUGCUCGACGAGGGCGUUGCGCUGCACAACUUCUUGACCAGCGAUUUGGGCGCGCCUCUGCCGCUGCACAUUAGCCUCUCGCGGCCGCUCAGCCUCCCCACGGCAGACAAGGACCCGUUCCUCGAGCGGCUCACCCGUUCGCUCCGGACCAGCGGCACGGAGCCGUUUGCCGUGCGCCCCAGCGGCUUGGCCUGGUACAAGUCGCCCGACUCGGAGAGGACCUUUCUCAUCCUCCGGGUCGAGGCGCGCAAGCACGGGGCGAACCCGGAGCUCAUGGCCCUGCUGACGCGGUGCAACACCGUCUCGGCGCUGUUCAAGCAGCCCGCGCUGUACCAGGUGCACCACAGCGAGGCGGCCGACUCGGCGUUCCACGUCUCCAUCGGGUGGACGUUUGGGCUGCCGGACGAGGAGACGUCGCUCCGGGUGCUCAGGCUGUUUAGGGAGAAGCGGUUCCGGGCGAUGCACGCCUGGGAGAUUGCGGUGCCGGGCGUCAAGGCCAAGAUUGGCAACGUCGUGACGCACGUUGCGCUGGGGGGAGGCGGCGGGCGGUCAGUCGCCGGCGGACGGGACGCGCAGGACGAGCCAUGAUGAUGAGGACAGUAACACAGUUGCACAGGUAGCGGCAGAAGCAGCGGUAGCAAGCGCUUAACUGAAACCCGGUGGAUGCCUGGCGAGCCGUGUCCUGCGUGAUCCGGGCCAAGUGCCGUGUCAAACAAAGCCCCCAUCCCCUCCCC